AAGUGGACUGCUGCUGUUGUUAUUACUGAAUGUUAGCAUGUUUAUAUAUCAUAUUUAUCUUAAAUCAUUUUAUACUUAUUUCACAUACGAUAUAUUAUAUAUGGCUUCCUAUGAUACUUUAAAUACUUAUUAAAUGACUUUAUAUUAUUAAUAUGUCGCUGCUUUAGAUCAAAAUUACAGUCCCUGUCCCUUCAGGGAACAAACAUAAUAAAUAGCUUUUAAUUGUAAUUAUGUUUAGUAGUUUUGAUAUGUUUGGUGCGAAUGUGUCAGUACAUGUCACCCGUGUGCAGGAUCACCCCGACAGACGAGUAUUUUCAGAUGUUUUGGCUGAUGUAACGUCCAAAAGACAAACCUGUUUCUCUGAGUGCAGCUCAGCUAUGCUUCUCUGCUGCUUUGUCUUCAUUGUUGAGCUCUGCGGGAGAACAGAUGGGUGUGUCCAUGUCGUAAACCGAGUGACAGCUGUCUGUUGUCUCAAAAAUAUGUCCACACCCAAAUACUGCACUUUACAGAGGCUGAGGUCAGCCUCCAGUCGUCUGUCACAAUCACAGUAUAAUCAAUAGUUUUUCAAAGCAAAAUUUACAGUAAAUGCAAACGUGAUUACUGACCGUAUCCAGGUCCGGGUCGAGGUGGCAGCAGGCUACAUGAGGUAGCCCGAACGUCGUCCUCGCUAGCCACGUCCUCCAGCUCCUUGUGGUGGAUCUCGAGGGGAUCGCAGGCUAGCAGCGCUGGAAGAAGUUUUUACUUCAGUAACAGUAGUAACACCACAGUGUAGAAAUACUCUGUUACAAGUAAAAGUCCUGCACUCAAAAUGUUGCUUAAGAAAAAGUACAAAAGUAUCAGCAUAAAAAUAUACUUAGUAAAAGUGCUCGUUAUGCAGAAUAAUAUAUACUAUUGGAUUCUAAUGAUUGAUGCAUUAAUGUGUUCAUCACUUUAAUGCUGCAGCUGCUGAAGCCGGAGCUCGUUUUAAUGACUUUAUAUUCUGCUGUGAAUUUUCUCCCCGGGAAUCAAUAAAGUUUUAUCUUAAUCUGUAAUAUUACAUCAUGCUUCAUCUGUUAAUUAUAUUUUGUAUCAUUAAUCUGAAUAUGAAAAUGGAAGUACUCAAGUACAAAUACCUCAGAAGUGUGCUUGAGUACAGUACUUGAAUAAAUGCACCAGUUACUCUCCACCGCUGCAGGCCAGACAGGAAAUGAUUUAUUUCCAACCCGUAUGAAAAGUGCAAAAAGAGGAGGGGCUCUUGGAACGACAGACCAGACAGACCUUUGUCGCUUUUCAGGUAUUUGCAUUUCUGUUUCUUGUCAGGUGAGGUCGUGUUGGCACGGAGACGUGUACAAUUACUGCUGGGUGAGGCCUGUCAUGAAACACACAUUUUAUUGUACACCUGCCCCGGAGCAACACCUGUACUUAAUAACCAACCAAUGAGCACCUGAUCCUCCCCGCCGCCUCCAUCAACAGGCACAACAUAAAACUCUGCUGUCCUGAAGCAGGACGACCGGUCCGACUGCACAGACGCCAGGAUGAAGUGUUCUCUGGCAGAAGGGAGGAACCCGUGUCUUUACAUGUGAAACAUAAAGCGCACUCGCUCGUCUCCUGCCGUGACGUGUCAGACCUGCGUGACUCUGCCGCCACACCUGAUUCCUCAGCGGGGCGAGACCAGGGAGGAGUCACCUGCAGGGACCAGGACACCUGCCUCUAUAAAGACCAAACCUCCUCCAGCCGUAAACACACUCCAGACGCACUCAUCAAACCAACAGCCAUGUCAAACUUCCUGUCUGGCGCGCUGGGCAACAAGGGCAUUGGGAAAAUGGCCGGGCAGAAAGCGGGUGAACUGGUCGAGGACACGGUGAACAAGGUUAUGUCCGGAGGUAAAAAGAAGGAAGGCAACAAUGGAGGAUCCCAUGUCGGAGACGUCCUCUCAUUCGGUGGUGGAAAGAAGGAAGGCAACAAUGGAGGAUCCCAUGUCGGAGACGUCCUCUCAUCCGGUGGUGGAAAGAAGGAAGACGAAGGAAAAGGGCUGAAUGUGGAGGACGUCCUGGAGUUCAACUAGAAACACAUCCUGACCUCCGAGGAAAACUUUCAGCUUUUUCGAUAUGAAAUAAAGAAUAAAGAAUAACAUAGCAUCAAUUAAAUGUAGAUUACUGAAUUACUGGCUUCUCAAUACACACCUUUACUGCUUUUACGCCAUGACAAGUUCUAAACAAUAAAAAUUCAAAUGUUUUAUCUGCGCUGAUGAAAUCUGUUCAGUUUGGUAUGAACACAUUAUUAACUGGGUUAUUAUAUAACAUGUGGUUCUUAAACCCUGUUCACAAAUCUCUAACGUCACCUGGAGACAACCUGCAUUUUGUGUCAUUAAUUCAAUUGAAACAGUUAUUGUCAAAUAAAAGUGCAAAUUCUGUCUGUA